AAGAAAUAGAUCCGGACCCCAAUGCCAAAGACCGAAACAACAUGGCAGCAUAUUCAAGAGGAGCCCAUCUUGUGAGCCCUGUGUUAGGACGCUAUACACAUCUGUGGGAGCAAAACCCUGAACAAAAUCUUCGUAGACGCAGAACGUUAUCUGCAAAAAUUGACGAUUUCAACAUGGAACGUUUCCAUAAAUCUGACGAGCCGAUCGCCAGACACAAGCACACGAAUUUUGCAGUGAUGCAAUUCGCUGGCAUGGUAAUCGGAAAAGUAAAAAUGGACAGUUAUGAUGAAACGAAUGUCGAUGAGCCUCCGACGCCAGCGAUUUCUGAACAGUCAUAUUUUAGACUACAACAACCGUACUUUGAUACAGAUCUCAAAAAGGAGACUGCAGUUCGAGUUUUUAAAAGAUAUCAGCUGGCCGAAAAGGUGUUGGUUAAUGGAGAUCCGGAACAUCCCGUCAUAAAAUUCACGUUUACUAAAAUUCAUCAGUUGAAAAACCCCAAGAAUGAUCACAUUAUCCCGGGAGAUUACAUCGAAAUCCAAGCCCGCGUGAAGGGUCAAGUGGUUAUCCGUGCUUAUACUCCAGUCGAAGGCCGAAUAUCGCAUAGGUUCUCUAUAGUUGUGAAAAUCUAUGAACAUGGCCUAAUGUCUCAGCACUUAGCUCAUCAAAGAAUUGGGUACGAACUCAAAGUACGGGGCCCGUUUGACUUGUCGGAUCGUGGUGGAGUGACCCAUAUGACACAGAAUGAAUUAUCAACUAUUAUGGGACGUAGAUUCAAUUCAACACAGAGUAUAAUAUCGAAUUUAUCAAGUGGGUCAAAUACGACAGGCAAAAACAGCCACUUACUGUUGAAUCCGAACAGCUUCGACGGUUGUUGGGAUCAAUUGGUUAUGAUUGCCGGAGGAAGCGGAAUUACACCAAUGUUGCAGUUAAUCAAUUUUCAUCUAAACGCCCUCGCCAGCAGUCGAGAUCGCCACAUUUCCAUGCAUCUGCUUUUCGCAAAUAAAAGAGUUGAAGAUAUCAUUAUGGGUCUCGAACUUGAAAGCAAGGCGGCAAACUCUAAAGGAGCAUUGACGGUCACCUAUAUGUUAACCAAUCCACCAAUUGUAGGUGCCGAAUGGGAAGGUUUACAUGGACAUGUUAGCACUACUGUGUUACAUACAUGGUUAAUGCAUCAUGGAAUGAAUAUUUCCGCGGUAAAUUCUCCGAGAAGUCCGUACUCGUCAACGUUUUAUGACCCAGUGGCGCAGCUCGACAGAAGAGACAGUUUGGCUUUGAGAAGUGGUGAACUAUCUGGUCAUUCCAGUCUGAGAAUAACUAAUAGUGACAAAUACGAUAUGUCUGGUCAACCGGAAACUAAUCAAGAAAUAGUUAGCCCUAUUACUAGUUACGAUGGAGCACAAGAAAUUAUCACGACUGACGCAUCAGGAGGUUCAACUACCUCUGAAUCGCCAAAUAGUAUGCGACCCCUUCCCCGAAUUCCAACGGGAGUUUCAUUUAAUUAUCUUAUGAUACAGAAGAAAAUAGUUGCUUGCGGUCCACCAGCCAUGUUGGAUAAAAUUGGUGCAAGUUUGAAGGAGAUGGGAUAUUCGGAUGAUGAUUACUUACUACUUUACUGA